AUGGGGCUUUUAGGGCUUCGCAAGUUCAUCGACUCCUGCGGGUGCACGCGGUUGCUCCCGGUGCCUCUGAGCGAUGCGGAGGCCGCAGAGGAGGUGAAGCGGCGCUUGCGAGUGGAGGGCUACUACGAGAUCACCGGCGAGGACGCUGAUGCGGACUUGGGCGCGCUGUACGCCAACGGCAGCGAGAAGAAUGAGGCAAAUGACGUUGACAGCAGAGGGGCGUGCCGGCGCCCGUUAACAUCUUCCUCGCACAUGAGCCCUCCGGAGCAGGCAGGGGUUGUCGCGACUGGCAGCUACGCGCCGAUGGUCGAUCACGUGCUGGUGGACAUGAACUGUGUUGUGCACUCCUGCUUCCAUCAUCAAAGUAGCGAGAACAAAAUGAAGAGGCAGCUCAUCCAGGAGGUGCUGGAGCGGCUGCGUGUGCUGGUGACGGAGGUGGUGGUGCCGCGCCAGUCGCUCAGCAUCUGCUUCGACGGCCCCGCUCCCAUUGCAAAACUCCAGACGCAGCGGCUUCGACGGCGCAGGGUUUCUCUUCUCGACACCGGCAGUGUACAGCAGCUCAACACGCUCUCGAUCACCGCCGGGUCGCUCUUCAUGAUCGAGCUCGAGAACGCCAUCGCGUCACAGUUUAAGCUGAACCGCGGCCGCGGCUUUCUUCGCCGUGCGUGCCCGGUGUACCUCUACGGCACUACCGUCAUGGGCGAGGGCGAAGCGAAGAUAUCGCGCGCGCUGGCCUUUCUCGCAUACGGCUCAGGCAGCACGACAGACAGAACCGCGCGGACACCGCAGGACGAGAGGGCGCCUCGCUCUCGCAGGGAGUUCGGCAACGCUGGCCGCCGGGGCAGCAGCGGCGAUGGCUGUGACGAUGCCGCGACGGCGCCGUAUCUGCGCUGCCGCCCAGACGAUACAGUCGUGGUGAUGGGCAACGACAUCGACCUUGUCAUGACAUGCCUUGGCGCCACCGCCUUCCACAACUUCAGCAUCAUCAGCCCAUCCUCUCUGCAGCUUAUUCGUGUGUCGGACAUCUUGUACCGCUGGCUGAAGGCGACCUCCGCCACCCGCGGCGACACGCCCUUCUCGCCAUCGCAGCUACCGUCCAUCCGCAUCGACUUCAUUUUCCUUUUCCUGCUCAACGGCGGCGAUCAUUACACCGGCGCUGGUGAGGUGGCCAUGGCCUUGUGGCGGCGCUACCGCAGUGUGCGCGCCACAUAUCCAUACAGCACGCUCGUCUCGCCUAGCCUCGACGCCAUCGACAUCGACUUCCUCGCAGACGUCGUGCAGUCGUCCGAAUACACGGGGUCGUCAAGCAUCGAGGUGGGCAUGGGCCUUCUCCAGGCGGCUCUUUGGUCGCUCCACACGGUCGUCACGGGUGUGUGCCCAGACUACCACUACGUGCCAGCGCCAGCGGCGCCGCAGCUGUGCCACCUACGCGCUGCGGCGGCGCACUGUCAACGAACGAACGCCCGUAUUUGCCUCCCAAGUGCUACGAUGGAUUCGCAGCCUCUGACGCCGCUGGAGACCUACGUGGCUCUCAUGCCAACGGAGGCGACUCUGCCGAAGAGCAUCGCCGCGGGGCUGCACAGCAAGGCGGCGCAUCAGUCUAUCCUGAAGACACUGGCGACGAGCAACGACACGGCUGCGAUAGCGCGCGCUGCGAAGGAGGCAGUGGAGGUGUCGGCGCCGUGGCUCACGAAGAGCGAGCAGUACCUCCGCCACUUCACGUCGCCGGUUCAGCUGAACGUCAAUCCGCCACGGCGACGGCUGAGCCGCCACGAGCAACAUCGCAUGCUGGCGACGCACGGCUACGUCCAGGUCGAGGACCCCGUGCCAGAGGUGAGUCCAAUCGUGAUGCCGGAGAAUGUGCCCUACUUGAACGUCCCCUACCUGCCAUACACGAAGUACCUCGACUUUUACUGUCCAUUCGACGUGGCGACUGAGCAGCCGCAGGAAGGCGAUGAAGGAGACCAGGCCACCUCGGCACACCACGCUAGUGGCGGCCCCCCUGUGAAUGGCGGGCGGCUCACGCACCUGCACGGACGAGCCGUAUCCACCCGCCCCUUUCUCUUCUCAGCAGCCGUCACUCCCCAGGACGGAAUGCAUACUAGCUGUAGCGCCGACAGCACCACAGGAGCUGGCUCAGAUGGGGCUGCGGGCGCCGCAGGCCGGUCGGCAGAGCAUAGGCGAGUGUACCUCAACCAGGAGGAGGCUGCCGCGGAGUUGCGGCAACGCGAGCGCAAGUCCGCUGCAGCGAAACUGCAACGUGCCCUUGACAUCACCUCUGGCAUCUUGGAGCGAGGCCAGCACUUCACGACACCACAGCAGAGGCGCAUGCAGCGUCGGCUGCACCGGCUGCGGCAGGUCGAAUCAGCGGAGCUGCGUGCCAUACUGGCGAGGGAGGACCGAAAAUACGUCUCGCGUACGGGGAAGACAGACACGCGUGACCUCGAAAGUGAAUUGAGGCAUUUCUUGGGUGAUGAUGCGUCGCCAGAGGAGGUCGCGGCGUUGAUGGGCGACGCGGCGGAUGAGCAUGCUGACGUUGGGGUCGCUGUGCGCGGGGCUGGUGUGGUGGCAAGCAGCGGCAAGGCUAGCACAAGGAAGAAAAAUUUGAAGUCCAAGAAAGGCGGCAUUUCCGCGGUGGUGGCGCUGCGUCCACGAGAUGCAGCGGUGAGCCAGCGGAAGGGGUUAAAGGCAGGCGCCCAACAUGACGGCAGCCGCACCAACGCGGGGCACUACGAGUAUGAUAUGACGGCCUCUACAGUCACUGUUAAGCAGCGUAAGAGGCGCGCAGCGGUGUCCACCGAUGUCGACAGCCAUGCGGAUGUGGACAAGACAUCGGCUGGUCUGAAGCGGCGCCGACGCGAGCGUAUCGAGGGUUGUGAGGAGGACAGCGUCCUCCAGCGCACACCAACAGAGACCAAGAAGCGGAGGAGGGUGUAG